AUGCCGUCUUCCUUACCCCCUCACCCGUCAUCCCAUUCUCCCGCCCCGCCCCGCCGCACAUCCUCUCGCCCUCGAUGGCCACGUCCCGCUCCCGCCCGCCCGCUACCCCCCCCGGGCCGCGGCGCCCCUCGCCCCGCCGCCCCCCACAGCCCCCCCUCCCUCGCCCCGAGUCCUCACGCCCCAGCCCCCCCAGGCGCCCCACCACCACCCGACCCCGCCCCCUGUGCGGCCACUCCCGCUGCCCCGCCCCCCCGCAGGCCCCGCCAACCUCCUCAUACACGGCACCUUAACCUCCCUGUCUAG